AUGGCCGAUAACAAUUCACCAGACUACGAGGCUCUCUACCGCAGAGCGGAAGCGGAACGAAGGCGGGAAGCAGAGUUGCGAAGACAGGCAGAAGAGCGAGAGGCAGAGGAAAAAGUGCGCAGCCAGCCGACAACACUCGGAGAGCUCAUCAAAGGUUGCCAUGAUUCAUUCUCCCGGCCUUUGCAGGUUGGAACGCCAACCCGCUCCACGAAGGGGAGUAUUCCACCACCCACUGGGAAAUACUGCCCAACGAGCCUUCGCUUUUGGUCAAGUUGUCCGGUUCAACUGCAAGAAAUUUAUGAUUCAGUUUCCACUUACCUCCAACCAGCUGGAAAAGACGCACCUCGGCUAUUCACAUCUCUUCUUGUGCUAAAUGAACUUGGUCGGCGGCAUUCUAGCCGAAAGCUACGAAGUGAAAAGGAUCUGGAACACUACGAGCGAACCGCUGUGGAAGAUCAUGUCCAUGAUAUCAUAGCCGAGCUAUGCAAAAUACCUGAUGCCCGAGAGAGAUUCCGGCUUGGAGAUGGGAUCCUGUUUGAAAAUCAUGAAAAUCUCCUACAGACAUCAGAAGAGUCAGAUGUACAGCUGCUUGAUGAAUCCGGCACAAAACAUCCCAAACCAGAUUCAUUCUGUAUUCAUCGAAUCAACGAUUCCACCAAUACUUUGAUUACGACAGUCGAGUAUAAGCCGCCACACAAGCUCUCGGUUGAAAAUCUCCGAGCGGGUCUUCGAUCGAUGAAGCUCUGGGAAGAGAUUGUUCAGUCAGACACAAUCCCCAAGAGUGAUGAGCUGAACAAGGAUGAAAAGCUGAGAUAUAAUGCGGAACAGCUGACUUGCUCAGUUUUGGUUCAGGAGUAUCAUGUCAUGAUCCAAGCUGGACUGGAGUACUCCUAUAUAACUAAUGGAUUUGCUAUCGUUCUUCUUCGUGUUCCAUACAACGACCCUAGUACGCUCUAUUACUAUCUCUGUGAACCAAACAUGGAUGUGAUUUCAGAAAAUCCUGGGGUCUUUUAUCAGUCAAAGACAGCUAUUGCCAGAAUAUUAUGUCUCUGUCUGAUGUCCUUUCUCUCGGAUAUCCGUGACCAGAAGUGGCGGAAUGCUGCAAGAUCCCAGCUCCAUAUAUGGAAGACAAGUUUUGACUUUACACGGUCGCAAAUCCCCGAUGACGAGCUGCAACAAACUCCUCCAGGAUCGGAAUAUGCAAGCUCGGAAUAUAUGCCCUCUGAACAUCUGCCAUCGUCUCCAUUACAGCCCGGCCAUCGAGUUUCUACCCGAUCUCAAACCACCUGUGCACCAAUGGAUACCUCGCCUUUGAGUGAUCAUAUGGAUUCUUCCGACUCCGACUCUAACCAAGCAGCGCACGGCCGGAAGCGGGGCUUCAGCCAAGUGAUGUCCUCCCCGCCCAGCCAGCGUUCAUCGGCGCGCCCACUCGAUCGUGACCUUGAUCAUAACUGCACACCAUUUGGGACUUGUGGAUCGUAUGGUGCACCCUUCAAGAUCACUUGUGCUGCAUAUGGCUACACUCUUGUUGGAAAGGGGACAACAGCCGGGCUAUGGAAAGUUGUCUCACGUGAAGCAGAAAUAUACCGGGUUCUUCAGAAAGCACAGGGUUCUGCUGUCCCUGUAUUUCUGGGGACGAUUGAUUUGAAAUUGUUCCUUUUCCUCCAUGGUGCUGGGGACAUCCGCCAUAUGCUUCUCAUGGGUUGGGCGGGGGAAAGUAUAGAGAACGUCAAAGACAAGGAAGUGCUAAGUCGUGAGAUUUCCAGGUCGAAGAAGGAAAUCCGCAUGCUGGGAGUGGUACAUAAAGACCUGCGGUCUGCCAACAUGUUAUGGAAUGACGAGCUGCGCCGGGUCCUGAUCAUAGACUUUCACCGGUCCGACAUAGACAGGCGCCCGAUGAAAAAGCGGGUUGGAUCCUUGAAAAGGCCACUUCAUCAGGUGGGCAUGUCGAAACGACCCUGUAAUAACAAGGGCUUGACUGGGCGUAUCUCAGGGUCCCAGAGUAGCGCCGGAGUGCUAAAACAGUGUUGA